AUGGGCCUCACAUCUGAACUGAGCGAGACUGAUCCGACUUGUGGCUCGGACAAAAGUUCUAUGCAUCCUUCAUCAAAAGCCUCUAUCCUUGCAUUGAAAUACACUGUCAUCCCCACGCUCGCUGUUACCGAGGCAACUGCCACUGUGAGUACGGAUAUCGAGGUGACGGAGUCCAUGAUUGUACCGCCUAUGGUCAGUUUUUGUUUGCCACCUUUCCCAUAUUUAAAUGACCCCGUGUCUCGGAAAAGGCAUUAG